CCCCUAACCAGCACCCUGCCGGGGCUGAAUCCGGCCCCUUCCCCUCCUCCAGGCUGCUCUGCCCUCCUGCUGCCAGCUAUGUAUCGCCUAUAUAUUAUGUAAAUGAGCUAUAAGGGCUUAUUACGCAAACGAGAGGGGGCUGGCUCUGUCCGGAGCUGGGUGGUCCCCAGGGGCUGGCCCCGACGGCUCAGAGAGGACAGCGGGGAUGGAGGGGGCCGCAUCGGCGUCCGCCCGGGUGUCCGGGGGCUGCCAGGGAGCGCUGCCCCAUCCCGCUCCCCUCCUGUAGCACAGAGGGACCCCCCUCACCCCGAGCCGGGCCAGGCGCCUGCCCCGCUGCAGCUCGUCCCCCCCGGCUCCCGGGACAGCCCGGUGCGUCCCAGCAGCAUGGGGAAGCAGAACAGCAAACUGCGCCCCGAGAUGCUCCAGGACCUGCGGGAAAACACCGAGUUCUCCGACAUGGAGCUGCAGGGCUGGUACAAGGGCUUCCUGAAGGACUGUCCCUCCGGCAUCCUCAACGUGGAGGAGUUCAAGAAGAUCUACGCCAACUUCUUCCCCUACGGCGAUGCCUCCAAGUUCGCCGAGCACGUCUUCCGCACCUUCGACACCAACGGCGACGGCACCAUCGACUUCCGAGAGUUCAUCAUCGCCCUGAGCGUCACCUCCCGCGGGAAGCUGGAGCAGAAGCUCAUGUGGGCCUUCAGCAUGUACGACCUGGACGGCAACGGCUACAUCAGCCGGGAGGAGAUGCUGGAGAUCGUGCAGGCUAUCUACAAAAUGGUCUCCUCCGUGAUGAACAUGCCUGAAGAUGAGUCGACUCCGGAGAAAAGAACGGAAAAAAUCUUCCGGCAGAUGGAUACUAAUAACGAUGGCAAGCUCUCGCUGGAGGAGUUCAUCAAAGGUGCCAAGAGCGACCCGUCCAUCGUGCGCCUGCUGCAGUGUGACCCCAGCGGCACCGUGCAGCUCUGAGCCCCGCGGACCCCCCACAGCCCCCCACGGCCCCACGCCACCCCCUGACCCUGCAGACGGCCGCUGCUGCUGUCCCUUGCCUGUCCCCCGCGGUCCCCACCGCCGUGCCCCCCACAGCCCCCCAUGGGGAGAGAGCUGGAGCCCGGUGGAGGCAGGGGCAAGGGGGAGCCCAGGGGGGACAGUCCCAUUGCCGGGGGGCUCCCGCACUGGUUUGACUGGGGGAAGGAUGGAGGCAGGGUCUGCCCCGAGCGAGGACGGUCCCCCUCAGCACCGGGGGGCUCGGAGCAGGGGGACAACCCAGCCAGGCAAAGCCACUGCUGCGUCUCUGGUGGGUGCGGGGACAUGGCCCAGGGGACAAAGACCCGGUGGCUCGGGGGCCUCCCAGCACCCCCCACGCAUGCACACACUGCCACGGCCGUGGGGCCAGGCCAGCCCCUUCCCCACGGCUGGCGCAUGGGUGGGGGCCGCGGGGAGGGGACGGGCUUCUGGUCUUUUAAUACCUGCAGAAUAAAGUUUGUGUCAGUGCA